AGCCCGGCAAACUACUGUUAUUUUUUUAAAUAUUUAUACUUUUUGUACUUAGAUUUGUAUUAUUAAUGGAAAACACACCAGUGAUUGAAAGUGUAUGCUUAGUGACUAUAGACCAUUAUGUGUGUAGCCCAGUCGAUGGUCUCGAUUCUUUAUAUUCCGAAUUUUGGGCAACACAAGUGACUAAAGUACCAGUCCUUCGAGUUUUCGGAUCUACGAUAAAAGGAGAAAAAUGCUGUCUACAUAUUCACGGUGUUUUUCCAUAUAUAUUUGUGGAAUUGGACGAAUCGCUCGAAGCUAAUGACAAGUCUAUUUUGUACAAUUUUGCAAAUAGUCUUGAUAAAGCGCUAUGCCUUGCUAUUGGAACUACUAAUUCAAAAUCAAGGCACAUUCAUAAUAUUUUAAUAGUUUCUGGGAAGUCCUUCUAUGGAUAUCACAGUGAAAACAGUCAAUAUUUAAAGAUCCUAUUUUAUAAUCCGUAUUCAGCUAAGGUUGCUGUUGAUUUAUUACAAAAUGGAGCAGUUUGUAACACCAUAUUUCAACCUCACGAAGCACACAUUCCCUUUCACUUGCAGUUUAUGAUUGAUUUUAAUAUUCACGGAAUGAAUUAUAUCCGACUAUCUAAUAUUAGUUAUCGAGCUAACGACGAUCAAUGUAUUCCAAAAACGAGUCGAUGUAUCAAAGAAAUGGACACGCACGCAAAUUAUAUUUUAAAUCCUGGCCUAAUUGACGGCGAAUUAGAAAAUCCUGGAUUGGCCACUAUCCGAGAACAAAUUAAUAAGUUAACUUCUGACUUGAAUGUAACAAGAAAAGGAAUUGAAGUUUUCAGUGGAGAAAGAAAAUCUACGUCAUUGUCAAAUUUAGAAAUAAAAUUUAUUAAAGAUAUAAAAAAUAAAUUAAAGAAAAUAAAGAAGCAAAAAAAAGUCAAUAAAUCACCGUCGGAAUUAGAAGCUAGUGUCAACGAAGGUGUAAUAUUAAAUUUAUCGCAAACCUUCCAAUCCCAAGCGCCAUUUUGGGACAGUCAAAGUAUAGAUUUAAUGAAUUUGCUAAUGAACGAAGAAAUAAAAAGUCAUAAUGAUAAUCACGAAUUAACUUGUGAUACAGAAAGUGAGAAAGAAGAAAAUUCCGAUGAUGACAUGAACUAUAAUGAUAUGUCAUUGUCUUUAGUAGAUUUACACGAAAGAUAUUCCCAAAAUACAGACCACGUUAAUACUGAUUCAAAUCAGUGUGAAGAAAAUGUUUCCAAAACUAUUACGGAUGAAGUUAAUUUUAGUCAGCAAUCGAAUGUCUCAGAUAGAACUUUUAUAGUGAAUAACAGAGAUCAAACAAAGUACGAACAAUAUAUGGAGACACCUAGUCAAACACCAAAUAAUGACAAUAGCAGUUUUAAUUUAAAUUCAAAACUGAAUAUUGUAUGUGAUGAGAAAUUUACUACAUUCAGUACAAUUUGGACUUCAAUAACAAAACCUCCGAGUUAUGAGGAUGCUUUGAACAACAUGGACAAAUUUCAACAUACACGUGGCUACUAUCAAAACAAUAUUAUCAACAAUGAUAGUAGUGCUAUUGAAUGUAUUAGAAAGAAUUUAUUGUCCAUAAGUUUUACCGGGUUUAAUGAUUUUAAUUUUUUUGCAUCCGAAUCCAAUGUAAUAUUAGAACCGUUAAAACAAGCGCCAACACAUUCGAUGGCUAUGAAAUGGCUAGAAAAACGUCAUUCGAAAAACAAAUAUAAAAAAAAAUUCCAUCAAAAAGAUAUAUUUAGUCCUCAGUCGAUUCCAAAAUCUGUUAUGUUGAACAAAAUCAAUCACAGUACUCCCGUAACGAGCCAAGGCCAAAUAAGUAAAACCACUUCGCCGUGCACUCCUACGUGCAGCCAAAACAAACGUUUGCGAUCCAAACGUAAACUCAGCACUCUUUUUUUGGAUUCGUUAAAAGCAGAUAACAGUAACGAUUCGCGGUCUGAAUUCUUUAACUCGUUCAGAACAUACAAUAGUUCAGAUAGUAAUAUUCUCGAUGGCAUGCAGUUAUGUGGAAGUGUUCACAACUUCUGUAUUGAUACCGAAAAUACUGAUCAUCUUACAAUUUUCACCAUGGAACUUCAUACUCAAACCAGAAGUUCCUUUAAUCCAGAUCCAGAAUACGAUAGCAUAGAAGCAAUAUUUUAUCGCGUAUUCAGCGCGUCACAAGAAAAUCCGUCGACAACAGGUUUUAUUUUAGUAGACGAUAAAAACCAUUCGAACGACUUGUCACAUUUUAAGUCACAAAUAAUUGUAUGUCACAACGAAGAAGAGAUGUUGGAUAGGUUUAUCCAAAUUGUAAUCGACUGGGAUCCAGAAAUUUUGUGUGGCUAUGAGAUAGAAAUGCAGUCGUGGGGUUAUUUGAAACAAAGAUGCAAUCACUUGGGACGUAAUUUAAAUAACAAAUUAUCAAGAAUAAUAUUGGAGUAUGAAACAAACCACGAUCCCAAUAACGAAGACUCAAUGAAUAUAGAUUUAAAAUUAAAAGGAAGAAUCGUGCUCAAUAUUUGGAGAUUGCUUAGACACGAAUUGGCUGUUCAAAGUUAUACUUUUGAAAAUAUGGUUUUUCUAAUACUAAACCAGAGGGUGCCCAAUUAUUCUUACCAGACCCUAUCGUAUUGGUGGAAUCACAAUAGUUCGUUAUACAGAUGGUUGACCGUUGAUCAUUAUCUAUUUAAAGUCGAAAGUACAAUUAACAUUCUACAACAACUUGAUUUGAUCGGUCGAACGAGUGAACUUGCAAAACUUUUCGGAAUACAAUUUUACGAAGUAUUAUCGAGAGGUUCACAAUUUCGAGUAGAGUCAAUGAUGUUACGCCUUGCGAAAAAGAAAAACUUUGUUGCUGUUUCCCCGAGUAUUAAGCAAAGAGCUGAAAUGAAUGCGCCACAAAGCUUGCCUUUAAUAAUGGAGCCUCAGUCCAAAUUCUACACGGAUCCAGUUGUGGUACUAGAUUUUCAAAGCUUAUAUCCAUCAAUCAUAAUAGCUUAUAACUAUUGUUUUUCAACGUGUUUAGGGAGUAUUGAUUUUCUUGGAAAAUCUGAAGUCUUUAAAUUCGGUUGUACAACGUUAAAAGUGGCAUUUCAAACCUUGCUGAACGUAAUCAAUGAUAUAACAAUUUCUCCAUGCGGAGUAGCGUUUGUUAAGAAAAAUAUUUGCAAAGGGAUAUUGCCAACAAUGUUACAAGAAAUUCUCGAUACAAGAAUAAUGGUGAAAAACUUAAUGAAAGAACAAAAAAACAACAAACACCUUUGGAAGAUUUUAAACGCCCAACAACUCGGUCUUAAGUUAAUAGCUAACGUAACGUACGGUUACACUGCAGCCAACUUUUCGGGCAGAAUGCCUAGCAUUGAAGUCGGCGACAGUGUUGUUAGUAAAGGUCGUGAAACUCUCGAGAGAGCAAUCACUCUAAUUCAAUCAUCAGACCGAUGGAACGCUCAAGUUAUCUACGGUGAUACAGAUUCUAUUUUUGUGUUGCUCAAAGGUCGCUCUAAGGAAGAGGCAUUUAAAAUUGGAAAUGAAAUGGCUGAUGUUGUUACCAAAGAUAAUCCCGUACCAGUAAAGUUAAAAUUUGAAAAAGUUUAUUGGCCGUGUAUUUUGCAAACAAAAAAAAGAUAUUGUGGUUACAUGUAUGAAAAUAUUGAUCAAAAGCGUCCAAAAUAUGAAGCUAAAGGUAUCGAAACCGUUCGACGUGACGGUUGUCCAGCCGUUUCAAAGAUUUUAGAAAAAAGCCUUUGCACUUUAUUCGAGACGAAAAAUAUUGCCGCAGUAAGGUGUUACGUGGACAAACAGUUUAAAAAAAUAUUCAAAGGAAAUGUAAAUAUCCAAGAUUUCCUCUUUGCCAGGGAAUACCGAGGCAGAAGAGGAUACAAACCAGGAGCUUGUGUGCCCGCUCUAGAACUAGCCAAGCAAUUGUCGGCAACCGAUAGGAGAGCUGAACCUAGAGAUAAAGAACGAGUUCCGUAUGUUAUCGUGGCCGGACCAAAAGGUCUGCCGUUGAUAAAACUUGUGCAAUCGCCGAGAAAUUUUCUUACAGAUAAAUCUGCCAGAAUAAAUGCAGAGUAUUAUAUAUCGAGAGCAAUAAUACCGCCGCUCCAGAGGUGUUUUUCGCUGUUGAAUGUGGAUAUAAAUCAGUGGUACUCGGAGCUGCCACGUGUUUAUCAUUAUCAUUUUCCCGAUACAACGUUGGAAAAUAAACGAAAACACACAUUGUCUCAAUAUUUUUUCUCUAUUAAUUGUAUUCUGUGUAAUAAAUUGUCCCAGAAUGGAUUUUGCGAUGAAUGCAAACAGAAUCCUCAAUAUUUAGUCUUACAACUGAAUAAUCUUCUUAUGAAGUGGUCAAAAAAGCAAACUGAUUUGGAAACGAUUUGUCGUUCGUGCUGUGGUAGAAAUGUUGAGUUGAAGUGCAACUCUUUGGACUGCCAAAAUUACUAUAGCACCCAGCAAGCUUCGAAAGAUAUGCAACAAUACUCGUACAUUAAUAACAUUAAGGAUAAUUUAAAUUUAUAAGUAAGCGUGAUAUUUUAUUUAUGAAAUUUUAGUGAAAUUGUAUUUUUUUGUGAAUUUUU